AUGCCAGGUCCUCACAGCGGCCAGCACCAUGGCCUGCAUCUCGGCGAGCUCAUCAACGAGCUCAUCUCGUCCAUUGCGCCCUUUUCCGGGCUCAUCCUGACCGUCACCUGCUGCGUCAUCGCCCUCGUCCGGCUCUACAUCCUCGAUCCCUUCAUCCCCAAGAUGUACUCGCGCGACGCCCUCCGCAACGUCUCCAGCACCCAGAUGCGCAGCUUCACCAACCACCACGUCGCCGCCGGCACCAAGAUCCUGCUCGUCUUCCUCUGCGGCUAUCCCCUCCUCGCCAUCAUCUGCGGCAACGCCACGCCGCACACCCCCUACGCCAAGGGCUCCGCCGUCACCCUCGGCGACAUGAUGAUUGUCUCGUCGCAAAUCUUCACCGGCAUGUACAUCUUUGAGCUCUUCUUUCGCGAAAAGGUCUCCGUCAUUAGCUGCGCCCACCACAUUGGCGCCAUUGUCAUUGCCCAGGCCGCCAUUGCCAUGAGCAUCAACUUUGGCCACGAGAGAGACGCCGUCUACGAGUUCAUCCUGUGCUUCAUCUGGGGCGCCUUUGAUGUCGUCGCCGAACUCUGGCCUCAUCUCGCCAUGAUCCUCUACCGCGUCCACCACGACAACCACGCCCUCCUCUCCCGCAUCUUCUACGCGACGGCCAUUCUCGAGGUUGUAGGCACCACCACCGAGACCAUCAUCGUCAUGUUCCUCUUCGGCUCCCUCUGGGACAAGUGGUCUCUCUCGCUCAAAAUCACCACGCCCUUCCUCCACACAUUAUUCUCGGCCGCCCAACUUUGGGGCGUCUGGAUUUUCUACAAGAUGGGCAAGGACCAGCAAAGGAAGCUCAAGAAGAGUGAAGAGAUGCGCCCCAAUUCAGGCGCCACCGCUGUCGAAAGCGUGUAA